UGCUGGGCACAGCUGGUGAUUAAAAACGAGCGCGGGCGGAGUGCCUGGUGCUGUUCUUCUGGGCCAGCUCAGACAACCAGCCCCGGGGUUGAGGAGAAUGGGGGCAAGGGAAGGGGUGGCCAUGCCCUAAGCACAAACCUGGCUGCUGCUAGAACGGGAGCGGGAAGGUCAGGGAAGUGUUCAGCCCUGAGCAGAGAUCAGUGCUGCCUUUGCUGUGUCAUGCAGCCACCUAAUCCCCAGCUGGCGGCAGGCACAGGGCAGCAGCAUGCAGCCCUCCUCCCCUUACCCAUGCGUGACGGGCCUGGGGACUUAGCCCUGCCACCAAAUGGGGACAAAGUGGCCACAGUGCCCCUGCUCGGAGCCGGGCUGGGAGCCGGGAGGGUCACUGAGGCGCCGGGCAUGACACGGCUCUGGGCUCUGGGGGAUUUUGGGUGCCCACCUGCUGCUCUCUCCCCACAGGCAGUGCCCCAGGGCAUGGGGCCGGUGCUGGCGCUGUGGGCCUGGCUGGUGCUGGGGAGCGCCGGCGGGGAGAGCCCUGUGCCCACAGCCCUGGCAGGCGGGCAGCCCUUCGCCGUGCUCUGGAACAUCCCCAGCGGCCGCUGCCAGCGCCGCUUUGGCGUGGGGCUGCCCCUGGCCGACUACGGCAUCGUGGAGAACCAGGGCGGCCGCUUUGCAGGGCAGAACAUCACCAUCUUCUACAAGAACAAGUUUGGGCUGUACCCCUACAUCUCCCCACAGGGUGUCCCGUACAACGGGGGCAUCCCACAGCGGGCACCGCUCCAGGCCCACCUGGCGCGGGUUGCGGGUGACGUGCAGCUGCACCUGCGCCCCACAUUCAGCGGCCUGGCUGUGGUGGACUGGGAGGAGUGGCGGCCGCUGUGGGCCCGGAACUGGGGACAAAAGCGCGUCUACCAGCUGGCCUCGCAGCGAUGGGCACGGAAGCGGGGCUGGGGGCGGCGGCUGGCCCGGCGGGCCUUUGAGCGGGCAGCGCGGGCGCUGAUGGAGCAGACGCUGCUGCUGGGUCGCAGCCUACGCCCGGCGGGACUCUGGGGCUUCUACCGCUUCCCCGACUGUUUCAACGGCGACUGGGCCAAGGUGGCCAACUACACGGGGCACUGCCGGCCGGCCGAAGGUGGUGCUCGGUGUCCUGGCGUGUCCACCCGGCCACACGGCCUCCUGUCCUUGCAGGCUGACCUGGAGCACACCAUUGGGGAGAGCGCGGCACUGGGGACGGCCGGAGUGGUGCUGUGGGGCGAUAUGUCGUACUCCCAGUCAGCUGAGAGCUGCAGCAGCCUUCGCCACUACCUCGUGUCCACCCUGGGGCCGUACGUGGCCAACGUGACAGCAGCCGCGCGGGCGUGCAGCUUGGAGCAGUGCCACGGGCAUGGGCGCUGUGUGCGGCGGCAGCCCCAGGAGCUGAGCAUCCUGCUGCACCUGGGUGUGGGCUCCUGGGCACCCUUCCGCUGCCACUGCUACCAGGGCUGGGCUGGCCAGGACUGCGUGCAGCCAGAGCCGCAGAGCCCUGCCUGCCCCGCGCCCACCCACAGCCUCUACGGGCACCACGGUUCCCAGACCCCUGACACCUGCCCACGGCGCAGCAGCUGGGGCUGGUGAGUGGAGCUGGGGGCUGCUGUGCCAGCACCGGUUUGUCCCGUACUCAUUAAUUUAAAUAAACCGUCCUGCUGCAGCUACAUGGUCCUCAUGGGCAAAGCUGGGGGGAG